AUGCGGGGCGAACCUGCGGUAGCAGAGGCCAGCACACUUCCAAGUGGAAAACUACAACGCUGGUGCUCUUCUCUCCAGCCCUUCCUUCCCCUACUUCGAGGAGCGCAAUCACAGGAGCUCAUAUCCACAUGGAGGUGGUGUAAGCAUGGAGCAGCCUGGAAGGCUGAGCAAGCAUCCAGAGGGACACCUCAUGGAGAAUUGCCAGGAGCCCCACAGAUUUGUAAAGAUGGCCACGUUUGUCAAAUCGUGAUAGAAGACCUUGAUGAAACCACCUUAGUAGAAGAGAGAGAGAAGAAAAAAGAGCGUCCACCUUCACCCUCUCCGUCCCCUGCACCAAAGCCCCACCCCCCAGUGGAAGCACCCCCCUCUGACAAAGAGUUGCAAGCAAUAAAGAUUCAGGCCUGGUGGCGGGGCACCCUGGUGCGCCGGACGCUGCUGCACGCAGCCCUCAGAGCAUGUAUUAUUCAGUACUGGUGGAAACAGAAGCUGGCAGAGCUGCUGGAGAAGAAGCGGCGGGCUGUGCUGGAUCAUUAUGCUCAGCAAAAAUGGGCAGUGGUCAGGCUACAGUCUUGGGUCCGCAUGUGGCGCGUCCGCCUUCGUUAUUGCCGUUUGCUCCAUGCUGCCCGCAUUAUCCAGGUCUAUUGGCGCUGGCAUAAUUGCCAUACCCGUGGCUUUUUCAGGGGCAGCUAUGAACUCACAGCAAGCCAACUAGGACUUGAGCUUGAGAUCUUUCUGGGGUCACAGGUCUGUCGGAUUACAGACUGCAUCCCCUUUCCAAUAAAGAAUUGAUUGGGUCUGCUCCAACACUGUGUCACAAGAUCUCAGACAAUCUUCAGGAGGUCACUG